AAAUAAAAUAAAAUCUCAGAGGCAUACAGAGAGAGAGAGAGAGAGAGAGAGAUUUUGAUUUACAUAAAGAUUUUUUGAUCGUUUUGAGUACUUCUUUUCAGUCUCUUCUUAAGCUCUCUAAUCUUUGAUUUUUUUUUAUUUUUUUUUUUAAAAUAUUUGGAAAGCAAUUUAUAAUUCUCGUUUUCAUUUUGCUCGGUUCCAAUUUUCUCGAGAAAAUUCCUUACAUUUUUUUCUUGUUUUUGAUCCGACAAAAAAUCAGAUUAAGAACGACUUUUUUUUUUUUUCCUUUUUUCUGUUUGGAAGCUGAGAAAAUAAUUUUUGGUGGAGAUGAGAGGCAACAAUGGAGAGUCGAGAGCUGUUAACAACACUUUGGAGACUAUAAACGCUGCUGCCUCUGCGAUCGCCUCCGCUGAGAAUCGUGUUCCUCAAGCUACAGUUCAGAAGAGAAGGUGGGGCAGCUGCUUGAGUCUAUAUUGGUGCUUUGGAUCACUUAAAAGCAGAAAGCGGAUUGGGCAUGCUGUCCUUGUCCCUGAAACAAUAGCUGCUGGACCUGAUGCUCCAAGAGCUGAAAAUCCAACCCAAGCUCCUGCAAAUGUACUUCCCUUUGUUGCGCCUCCCUCUUCCCCUGCAUCUUUUCUUCAAUCAGAACCUCCUUCAGUCACACAAUCACCUGCUGGUGUAUUGUCCCUUACUUCUAUUUCUGCCAAUAUGUACUCCCCAGGUGGGCCUGCUUCGAUUUUUGCUAUUGGUCCAUAUGCACAUGAAACCCAAUUAGUCUCACCUCCCGUUUUCUCAACCUUCACAACUGAACCAUCAACUGCUCCCUUCACUCCUCCUCCCGAAUCUGUGCAUUUGACUACACCUUCCUCACCUGAAGUUCCAUUUGCUCAGUUGCUUGAUCCUCAUAUUCGUAAUUGUGAAGCUGGUCAGAGAUUUCCCCUGUCCCACUAUGAAUUCCAAUCCUAUCAGCUUUACCCUGGAAGCCCGGUUGGUCAGCUCAUAUCACCACGCUCAGGUAUCUCAGGUUCAGGUACAUCUUCUCCUUUUCCCGAUGGUGAGUUUGCUCCAGGUGGUAAUCACUUCCUUGAGUUCCAACCAGGUAAUCCUCCCAAGCUGUUAGACCUUGAUAAACUCUCAAACUUUGAUUGGGGUUCAAGACAAGGUUCUGGCUCUCUGACCCCAGAUGGCGCUGGAAAGUCCACCACUAGCGAUGGAUUUCUUCUUAAUACCACCUGCAGUAUUGAGGUUUUACCAGACCCUCAACCAGACAACAGAUCCCAAAAUGAUGGAAUUGUUGUUAACCACAGAGUCUCAUUUGAGAUACCUACAGAAGAUGGUGUAAGAUGUGUGGAAAAGAAUCCAGUGGUAUUGUCUCAGGCCAUGUCAACAUCAUUAAAGCACGCAGCCAUAGUAGAAAAUGAAGAAGAAAGUUGCAAAGAAAUGAAUGGUUACGAGUGUCGUGUCGGUGUGACAUCCAAUGAUGAACCAGAAAAAGCUCCAGCAGAUGGAGCGCUGGAAGAGGAGGAGGGACGGCAGCACCACCACCAGAAGCAUCGGUCGAUCACUCUCGGUUCUAUCAAAGAGUUCAAUUUUGACAAUGCAGAUGGCAGAGAUUCUCGCAAGUCAGAUAUUGGUUCAGACUGGUGGGCCAAUGAGAAGGUUGCUGGGAAGGAGAUAGGACCCACUAAGAAUUGGUCUUUCUUCCCUAUGAUGCAGCCAGGUGUCAGUUAACUAGUAAUGCGUCACAGUCAUAACUUGAUGCCUCCUCAUCUUUGGAGCAUUGGAGGAAACGUGACACUUAGGCUUUCCAAACCAUUGGCAUCAACACGAAAAGCCAGAAUUGGCUCGGAUUGUAGGCAGAUUUUUGGGUCUAGAAAGUUGGAAAAGCGUGAACCCAGUUAAAUAGGCUGUUUUUUUUUUCAGAAUAUCUUAGCCAGAAAACAGGGGCAGAAAAUUACUGAAACAAACAAGUAUUGAAUAGAGUAGUACCCAUCAUAUCUUCUUAGGCAGAAAACACAGGUUAACCUCCUCUUUUUUUUUUUUUUUUUUCCUUUUUCGUUUUUUAAAUAUUUUGGGUAUUCAUGUUUUUAACUGUUUCAUGUGUAAUAUAAAUUACAUUAGAAAAUCUGCUGUUAAUAAUGAAAGUAGGCGGCUAUUGUUUAAUGCUGUUGCCUGCUGUAUGCAUUACA